AUGUUUCCUCCACCACGUUACUCAGACGUGCCCAGCUCCAUUACAAUCUCGGUCGCCGAUGACGAGGGAGGCCAGCUCGAUGUUGAAAUCCCCCUUGACGACCAGAUCCAGGACGACCCGACGGAGCUGUGCGACAUCCUCGAGGCCGAGAAGAGCGCCACGUCCACUUGGGUCCAGGUCGCCGUCGCCUACGCAAAGCAUAAGCGCAUAGAGACGGCCAUCGAUGUCCUCAAGCAGGCUACCCAGGUCUUCAACCGCGCCCGCCCAGACGACCGCCUCAGCAUCCUCAAUGGCCUCUGCUGGCUGUACCUGCUCAAGUGCCGCGAAGCUCCUCGCGUCCGCCCUCAAAAUGCCGACCCAGACACAAAACUGAAGGAGUUCUGGAUCCAGUCCGCGACCGGAGUCCUCAACGAUGCCUCGCGAAUCAGCCCCUCGCAUCCCCCGCUCUUCCUCGCGCGCGGUGUCUUGUACCUUCUCAAGGCCUCUCUUCAGGGCCCUGCCACAGCUGCCGGCUCUACCGUCAGCCCUGAGCGUAUGGAGACGCUCAAACAGGCCGCCAAGUGUUUCGAGGACGCGCUGCGAGCGUCUGGUGGAAGGAACCUCAUGGCCAAGAUGGGAAAGGCGCGCGUCAACUACUCCAUGGGCAAAUGGGCAGACGCUCUUAAAGCGUACCAGAACAUCCUCGAGAGCUCUCCAGACCUUAUCGACCCAGACCCGCGCAUCGGUAUCGGCUGCUGCUUCUGGCAACUGGGCUACAAAGACGAAGCCGCCAACGCCUGGCACAGAUCCCUCGAACUGAACCCCCGCUCAAAAGUUGCCCUGAUCCUGCUCGGAAUCUACAACUUUCAGCAGACCGCCAAUCUCUCCACCUCCGACCCCAAGUUUGCUGAGUUGAUCAAGAAGGCUACGGGCGAGUUCAUCCAGCCCGCACUCAAACUAGACAACCAGUACCCUCUGAGUUGCGCAACCGUCGGUAGCUAUCUCGUCCUCCGCAGGGACGUUAACAAGACCGAAGAUGUCGCAAGGCGCGCCAUUGAGCUCACAGACAUCAAUGCCAUUGCCAGUGAUGGCUGGUACCUGCGCGCCAAGGUCGCGCAUCAGCAGGAUAAUAUUGCAUUGGCCGCCGAGUACUACUCCAAGUCUGAUCAGGCUCGUGGAGGCGAGGAGCGCGGCUUCAUACCCGCAAAAUUCGGACUGGCUCAGAUGAAUGUCCUGAUGAGCAACUACGAUGGCGCAAAGUUCCGCCUCGAGAAGAUCCUCCAGCAGUCGCCCAAUGUCGAAGCACAAACCCUGCUCGGAACUCUUUAUGCAGAGGACGUUUUCAAUGCCCAAAACACCAAGUCCACUGAAGAUAAGUCUGCCGAGCUGAAAAAAGCCCUCAAGUAUCUCGAAAGCGUUCAAAGUGCAUGGAAGGAUCCCAAGAAGAAGGUGGUACCCGAUCAGUCUGUGCUUCUUAACCUUGCUCGACUGUACGAGACCGAGCAUCCUGAAAGGAGUCUGAAAUGUCUUGAAGAGGUGGAGCAGAUGGAGAUCGAAGCCAUUCCCCAGGAGGAUUAUCCAGAAGGCAUUGAAGAAGGUCCCGAGCUCACAACCGCGCUCCGCGAAAUGUUGCCCCCACAGUUGCUCAACAACAUGGGCUGCUUCCACUUCCAGGCUGAGCGCUAUGUACGUGCUCAGGAGCUUUUCCAGGUUGCUCUUACUGCAUGUGUCAAUGCUGAGAACCGUGACGACACAAUCGACACAGAUGCCCUUGUGACUUCUAUCAGUUUCAACCUUGCCCGGACUUACGAAGCCGAGGGCCAAACCGAUGAGGCCAAGAAGGUAUAUAAUAGUUUACUUCAAAGGCAUCCCGACUACGUUGACGCCCGCAUUCGCCUUACAUAUAUGGCUCUCAAGGAGAACCCUCAGGAUGAGGGCCCAAGAGCUGUCAAGGAUCUUUUCAAGCAGAAUGAAGACAACGUCGAGGUUCGCGCCUUGUAUGGAUGGUACGUCAACAAGUCCAAGAAGAGGACCCAGAACUUUGCCGCAGACGACGAACAGCGGCUCUACAAGCACACUCUACAAAAGUCCGACAAGCACGACCGCUACUCACUCAUGGGUAUGGGUAACAUCCACUUGGCCAUUGCUCGUGAGAUGCCAAGGACUUCUGAACAGGAUAAGGAGAAGCGCCGGAAAGGUUACGAACGAGCCGUCGAGUUCUUCGACAAAGUUUUGCAACUUGACCCAAAGAAUGCAUAUGCAGCACAGGGUAUCGCGAUCGCAUUGGUUGAGGACAAGAAGGAUUACUCAACUGCCCUACAAAUCUUCACAAAAGUCAAGGAAACACUCAAAGACCAUAGUGUCUUCGUCAACUUGGGCCACACAUAUUGCGAAAUCAGACAGUAUGCCCGCGCAAUUGAAAACUAUGAGGCCGCCCUGUCGAAGAAUCGUCACAAUGACCCCAAGAUUCUGGCCUGCCUUGGACGAGCAUGGUACCUCCGAGCCAAGCACGAGCGUAGCAUAGCUGGUUUCCGUACCGCGCUCGAUUAUUCAAAGCAAGCUCUCAAGGCAGCUCCCGCCGAUCUUAACUCGCAAUUCAACGUUGCCUUUGUCCAGUUCCAAAUCGCUACCAUGAUAUACUCGCUUCAAGAGCACCAACGUACUCUUGAAGAAGUCGACGAUGCUGCAACAGGCCUUACAGAAGCCAUUGAGGCGCUUGAGAAACUCGCAAAGGAGGAAACACCGCCGUUCCCCCGUGCCGAUAUCACUUCCCGUGCCAACAUGGGUCGCAACACCAUGAUCAAGCAACUCGAGCGUGCGCGCGAAAAGCAAGCAGCAUAUGAAGGCGAGAACGCUACCAAACUCGACCAGGCUCGCCGUCUCCGCGAAGCAGAGAAACUCCGUCGUGAAGAGGAGAAGAAGCGACUAGAAGAAGAGGCUCUCGAGAAGAAGCGCAAGUACGCAGAAGAACAAGAGCGCCUUAUUCAGCGUGAUCGCGAGCUCAUGGAGAAGCGCAACGAAGAAGAGCGCAGGCGAAUGGAAGACGACGAGGACAAGGAGAUUCGCAAAGCUGAACGUAAAGCACGCGGACCAAAGGGACCCAAGCGCAAGAAGAAGGACGCCGACUCUGACACAGACGGCCUUCCUUCUGAUGACGAUGAGCCACGCUCAAGACGCCGGAGGACUACAGUCAGCGGUACCGAGGAACUAUCCGAUGGAGAGCGACCACGUGAGAAGAAAAAGAGGAAGCUCGCUCGCAAGAGUGAGCCCUCGGGCAAAUACAAGUCUGCAGAGUUCAUUGACGACGAGAGCGACGACGAUGACGGUGCGGCAGCCCCUGCAGAUGACGCCGACAAGGACGGUGCAGCUCUCGCUGGAAGCGACGACGAAGGCGCUGCUGCUGCCCCUCGACCACGCAAAGCCCGUGUCGUCGACGAUGAAGACGAGGAUGACGAUGACGGUGCAACAGCUGCCCCCAAGUCCAACGACGUUGCCAUGGACGAUGACGAAGACGAGUAG